GUUGUCAUUACUGGUUAUUUGUGACAUUUGAUAAGACAAACACUUUGUAAACAAAUUAAAUUAUAAAAUAUUUAUUUUUUUUUAUUUUACUAACAAUUAAAAGAAUUAUUAAUUUUUUUGUGUUUUUAAUAAUAUAUAAAUAUAAUGGAGGUAUCUUGCGGUAAUGAUGAAACGUAUAUAAUAGAACAAUCUAAAAAAUUGCGCUCAACAGAUCCUUGUUCGGCAAAAUCUUGGAUUAUUACAGCUAAAACUUUAUUUCCAAAUAAUUUUAAUGUACAAUUUGAGGCUUAUCGUUUGGAAAAGGAUGCUAACAAUUGUGAAGAAGCAGCAAAAUGCUUUAGUUACAUCAUUCUAACAUUUCAAAAUCAAAAUGUAGAACUAUGGGAAGAAGUUAAUGAGUUAACAAAUGCUUUAAGAGCUCCCGAAAAUGAGAUCACCCCAGAACAAGAAUUCUAUGUUAAAAUGUUUCAACAUGUUUCCUAUGAUGUCCAGCAUAAAAUAUUAAUGUUAACCGUUAAUCAUACAGAAAAUAGUUUAAAUCAAUGUAAGCUAUUGUUAUUAGUAUUAAAACGUUUCCCACAAGCAGCCGUAACACAUUCGCCACGUCUUUUGGAAAUGAUAGCGGAUGGCAUGAAACAAAAUCCUCAAAAAUAUCAGGAAAUGUUGGUGGAGGAAGCAUUGCCUUUAAUCUAUCAUAAAACACCAGAAUUACCAGCCGGUUUGGUGUGUCGUUUGUUUACUAUAUCUUUGGAAUAUUAUAUCAGACAAAUUAUAGAUGAAACGAAAUGUGAUACUACCGAGGUAUGGAAGAAAAUCUUUCAAGUUUUAAUGCUCUGUGGCAAGAUACAACGUUGGGAAACGUUUUUGCCCUUUAAUAAAACCUGGGGUCAAAAUGUUUAUUGGGAUAAACUAAUCGAGAUAGUUUCAACAAGCGCCGCUGGCAGUACACAAGUAUUAUUUUACGCUACAACACUUUUUAUUUACUCUCUACAUUGUUACAUUAAAAACUGCAAUACACGACCAGAGGAUAUGGAAAUUAAUCAUGUGUUAGUUGAGGGUUUCACGGAUUGGAAAUUAGAACGUACCGAUGCUCAGAGCAUGGAACCACCACGCAUAUCAUUGACCACACCUACAAGUAAAGAUAUUUCUAAAGCCUUUGUACAUGCGGCUCAAUGUUGGCAACUUUUAAAUACCGAACAAUUUCAAAGGGACUUUAGUAAACUUCUUUUAACAUUACCCUUGUCACCGUGGAUAUCUAGAUUUCUAUUUGAUUUGGCCAUAUAUUUUGGCCAUCAGGAGGAGGCGAAAAAACUUAUGUCCGAAAUGACUAUAAAAAGUAGUUUAGUACAUCAUAUUUUAAAAUUAAGUUUAAAUUUGUUGCAGGGUAAAUUAACAUACGAAGGUUUUGAGUGCAUUUUAAAAAUUAUCAACGAUUUGCCUCCCAACCAAGGUCAAGUUUUGGAACAAUUAACCUUAAAGGUACCACGACACAUGAUAUUUAUACCUUUAACCCAGAAAGCUUUAGUACAAUACUGUACCAAAGCGAUAGUAACAAAUUUAAGUCGCAAAAUCUAUGAACCCAAUUGUCCUGACGAUAUUUUGGGCGAUCUUUUGAUACUACUUCAGCUGGAAUAUCCCCGCGAAAAAGAAAUUGCUGAGCAAAUAUUUUCCAUAAUAACCAAUCGCCGUUCGUUUACAUUUCACAAUUUUACUGCUUUUUUGAUAAACAUUGAUUUUAUUGAGGAAUUCAUGUACAUUUGGCAUUCGCACAAUGAAGAUUUUAAUUUUGAUUUUACCGCCAAUAAUGUGCCGGCAAUUGGUAGCACCGGAACUGCUGGUGCACGGACUCGUACUCGUGGUUCAGAUAAGGGUGUAAGAGAAGAUUUUCGCUUGAUAAUAAAACAACAAAUAUCACGUUCGAAUGAAAAUGUCACAGCGUUGAUAGCGAAUUUUAUUAGCCAAGAACAUAUGCGUCUUAUGCAUUUUUUAUUUGAUGUAGAAGUUGGCCAAUUUUAAUUUACUUUUUUUUAAAUAUACUAUGUUUUUUUAUUAA